UCCACCCUCUCAAUCCUCUCAAUCUACAGAUGCCCUGUCCGUGUUCUGCUACGGUAUUAUUCCCCCCGAGACUUUCCUACCUGACAACCUGACAACCUGACCAUACCAUCCAUAUUCCUUUUUACCGCGAUUGGGCCAUGGGCUAGCGUACCAUACUCGAGUACCGUAGUUGUGCACAGUACAUACCCGACCCAGUAUGCCACUUCCCAUGUGUACUCGUACAUAUAGCACAAUGCACGCUACUCCUUGGAUCCAAGCCCUUACGCCGGGCUCGCUAUUCCCCCCCUUUUUUUCCCGCUUAUUAUUCUAGCAUUGAGUGCGAAAGAGGCAAAAAUGGGAUACGGUAGUGGGAAUUAUCAUGAAGACAUGAUAAUCGCUAAUUAAAAAAGCGUUCUGUCGAUCUGGGCUGCAGGGUGUGAUGCUCAGGCGUAAAGCGACGAAAGAGAAAGCGCAAAUUCGGCUGUGGGCAAAAAAUAAAGCACUGCAGCCAGGAAGCAAGCUGGCAGUCAGGCACCCUUCCUUUUCCCAGGCGGGGGAUCCAAGCCAACCAGCUUUUGCAGCGGACGAGAGAGAUGUGCAUCCAUCUACUUGCGGUGCAUGCGUGUCCCGCUGAUUGCACCCCGCUCGUCUGGGUGAGGGAGAACCUUCUCACUCCCUUUUUUCUCCUGCUUUUCCCUGCCCUUAAUUUUUAUUUUUAUUUUAUUAUUACCGGUAAUUUUUUUUUAUUC